AUGUUGCAUGGAAUAGGUGACCUCCAGCCCACUGAACCGUUCCACGUGACGGGUCUGGAGCGUCCAGCUGAGGGGUGCCACGGAUUAGGGAUAGCCCCUAGAUCCUCGCUGGCUCUGAUUGGGCGUUUGCUCUCUUUUGCCAGGUGGUCGAAUUAUGGCAUAGGAAUUGUGGUUGUUAUGGAAUUACUUGCCACGCAACGUGACCCCGCCAUGGGGUUUGGAUGGUUGGUUGGGGGCGUGUUUCGCUUCUCCCGUAGCGGUCGGGGGCCAGCUUAA